GAAACGCGCACUUCCGUCUUUUGUCACCUCAGCCAGAUCAUUUUUCCACUUCCACAGCUGCCUGGUGUUCAGCUGGCUGCUGCUGCUGAAACUCAGAAACUUUCUGCGAUGAUCAGAGAAACAUGAAGCGUAAAUCUAUUUAUAGGCUCCUUAUCGUGGUGAAGCAAACAGAGCGCUGCCCAACCAGCUCGGGGCGCGUAAGAGGAAGCUUACUUUCAUUUUCCCAAUCAAAAGGCGAGGAGGGGAUUUUUGGUGACAAGGUUUAAAAUUAAAAGUCACGAAAGCAGGCGCUGAUGGAGUUUUCUGAGCACAUCAAGACAGCCAACGUGGAGGAUGUUGAGCUCCGGCAGCCGCUGCACCCACCGAGCAGAGGGACCCUCUGCAUCACCGGACACCACCUGCUGUUUUCGGACAGGGAGGUGGGCAGCUCCAGGCACGUGCUCUUGCUGCUCAGGAACAUUGAUGCCAUUGAGAAGAGUGUGGAAAACCUUUUGGGCUAUUCCGGCUUCCUCUCUAAAGCAGGCCAGAGUGAAAGGAUAGCAGCCUCCUCGGGGACCAUUACCAUCAAGUGCAAAGAUCUGCGCGUGCUUCAGCUUGACAUCCCAGGCAUGGAGCAGUGCCUCAACAUUGCACACUCCAUUGAGACCCUGUCCAGUCUGGACAACGUGUCGGAGAUGUAUCCUUUCUUCUACAGACCUAUUGACCUCAGCCUGCAGGACCAGUGGGACCUUUCCUCACCCGAAGAACACUACAGGCAAAAGACGGAGCUUCAUGAAAUGUGGAGGUUAAGCACUGUGAACAACGACUACUCCGUGUGUCCAUCCUAUCCCCCGGCAGUGAUUGUUCCACAAAGCAUCGACGAUGACACGCUGAAGAAAGCAGCUAAAUUCAGACAGGGUGGGCGCUUCCCUGUCUUGUGCUACUACCACAGAAAGAACGGCAUGGUGAUCAUGCGCAGCAGUCAGCCGCUGACAGGUGCCAACAGGAAACGCUGCAAAGAAGAUGAGCUCCUCCUCCAGGCUGUGAUUGACGGGUCAGACAAAGGUUAUAUCAUUGACACCCGCUCCAGUCAGCAGGUCCAACAGGCUCGGAUGACCGGGGGAGGGUUUGAGUCCAAAUCAUGUUAUAAUGGUUGGAAGAGACUGCACAAACAGAUGGAAAGGGGCAAAGUGCUCCAGGAGAGUCUGAUCAAACUUGUGGAGGCCUGUGGGGAUGAGUCCCACAACAUGGAUCGCUGGCUCAGUAAGCUCGAGAAUUCAAAGUGGCUGUCUCACGUCCAGACUGCCCUGUCGACCGCUGGCCUGCUGGCGGAGUGUGUGGAGAGGGACGGUCACUCAGCUCUCGUUCACGGCUAUGAAGGGACAGACUGUUCUUUGCUUAUCAGCACUUUGGCCCAACUCAUCAUGGAUCCAAGCUGCCGCACACUAGAGGGAUUCCUGCGUCUGCUGGAGAGGGAGUGGGUGCAGGCAGGACACCCGUUCCAGCAGCGAUGUGCCCACUCAGCCUUCUCCCACGCUCGUCUCCAUCAGGAGUCUCCGGUCUUCCUGCUCCUGCUGGACUGCGUUUGGCAGCUGUGGCGCCAGUUCCCCUGUGCGCUUGGCUUCUCUGAGGCUCUGCUCCUUCGACUAGCCACUGAAGUCUACUCAUCCGACUGCGGCACCUUUCUGUGUAACAACGACCAGGAACGGUGUUCUCUGGGAGUUAAGAAGGGAACUCACUGUUUGUUCCGGGUCCUGCUCAGGCCAACAGAGAGAAACUACUACUCAAACCCUUUGUACGAGCCCACCGAGCUGGCCAUCUGGCCCUCAGUUCACCCUCAGUCCCUGCAGCUCUGGAGAGGGUUUUUCCUGAGAUGGACGCCACAGGCUCGCCACCUUGAGGAGGUUCAGGAGGAAAUAAGGAACAUGGUGAUUGAGUGGGUGAAGGCGGCACAGGGCGAUGGAGCUAUGGUUCAGUAAAAAUGCAAAAGUGUUUAAAAGAACACGGUUCACAUGUUAAUGCAGCCACGGUGACUUAAUGUACAGUCAGUUUUACAUUGUUGUUUUUAAUAAAAGAUCUGAAGAGAA